AAUUAUGUUAGUAUCAGACAAAAUCGAAGAAAAAAAUGUCAUUGUUUCGAUUCGAUUUGUAGAAAUUCCAAACCCCAUUGCCCUGUUUUUCGACCAGAGUUUAAGUGCAUGCGACCGGAGAGAAGUGAGGAUGGGUCACCGCAAUAUUUGCUGCGACGGCUGUGAGAGGCAGGACUUCCGGGGUCGCCGCUACCGCUGUUUGCACUGCGUGAACUUUGACCUGUGCGGCGAUUGCUACGACAGGCGGUUUGAGUCCCCGGACCAUCACACCGACCAUCCCAUGCAGCUGAUCCUGGACCCGGUCGAUUCGCAGCCGGGUCUGCUGCUGAAUGGCGAAGUGCCCGAAGUGGUGCACCUGCCCAACUGCUCCACCUGUCCGUAUUGCGGAGAAAUCGGGCUCACAGCCAAGCGGCUGAUCGAGCACGUGUGCGGACACCAUCGCCAGGCCGAUGGUUUCGUGGUCUGCCCCCUGUGCGCCGGACUGCCAGGCGUCGAGCUGGUGGCCAUUAGCAAUCUGUCGGGUCACCUGCUGCUCAACCACAUCGAUCACGCCAACUCCCUGGAGCCGGAAACGCCGCCCCUGCGAAGGACAUUCACCCGGAGUCGCACCCGCCGACGCCGCUUGCUGCAGUCGCCACCAUCGCAGCAGUUGCAACCACCCAACAAUGUGAUCUUUCAAUUAGCCUCUGCUUCUUGGAACGCCGCCGAUCCCCAACUGCCUCCCAGCAUUUUGGUCGAUCCUCCAGAGGAGCAGGCUGCUGCUAGCCCAAUCAUUGUGGAGCCGCAGCUCAUAGAGCAACCUGAGCGGUAUCUUCUGCUGCAGUGGGUGGAGCAGCAGGAAAUGCGCUGCCAGCAGGAAACGGAAAUGAGCGGAAGUCAGCGGCGGAGACACGCCCUCUUCGCAGAGCACCUUGUAAUUUCCAUGCUGUGCAGCGAGGAACUGGAAACGUCCGAGGACAGGGUCGGGAAUCGGGAUCAGCGGCUCGGCCUGUCCAAGGUCAUGUCGGUGAUGUCCUUGCCGUGGACGAGAGCCUGGCAGGCCACCCAGCUGGGCGGAUCGGAGGGUGAGGGAUCCAAGAUCCAAGGAGCAGUCAAGCUAGAGAUUCCUCUGGCCGACGGGCUGGAGCAGCAUGCGAAACCGGAGAAGUCGCCAGCGGAGGAGGCGAUUGAUUAGGUGCUACAUGGCUAAUUUUGUCAACGUUUUUAUUUGCAAGCUUGUUGAUCCCGAUUUGUGGUUGUGUUUUUAUUCGAAUGCUGGAAGCUACAAAAUUUGUGUGAACUUGUUGGCCUAUAUUUAUACGAAACUAGAAUCUUUUAACCCUAAGUAUUUAAUUCAUACGGAAAAAAUUAUAAUAAAUUUAAAAUACUUCACUUCCUAAA